AAGAAAGUUCUCUUUAUUUUUUUCUCUGUUCCUUCGCAUGUGAAAAUUCUCGAUUCUUUACUGUGUCUUUAAUGGAUUAUCAUUAUAUUCUUUAAAUUCAGAUACAAAAUCCCAACGCGAAGCCACCCAUUUCUCAAAAUCUUGGUCGUCUUCUUCUUCUUCUUCUGAUCUUUGUUAAAAAAAAAAAGUAAAAUGACGAGCUGUCCUAUCGGCUCCGUCACUUAUAACUCAACCCUCUGCGCGUGCCCAGUAGGGCAGCUUCUCAACCGCACAACCGACAGGUGUACUCCGUUCACCGCCAGCUCAGAAAUCGUGACUGACAUCGGACUGGCUAACACGGUGUCGUUUUUUGAGACGAUAUUCAACUUUGACACUAUUAAGAAGUUUACUCAGUCUCAGGCCGUUUUUUUAGAGGCAACUUUAGUGAUAUUGUUUCUUUGGCUCUUCUUUUGCUGUUUCUUGAGGUUUAUGAAGCAUAAUAAUGAUGGCAAAAAUAUUUGGUUUAUAAUUAGAUGGUGGAUUAGUCGUCUUGAUGUUUGCUUUUCUACUAGGCAUUGGCUUGAUGAUCAACAAGUGGUCGUAAAGCGAAAAACGGAAUUGGGUGGAACUUUCUCCAUGGCAAGUUGGAUUCUUUUUACUGGUUUAUUUGCUGCGUUGCUUUACCAGAUCAUAUCAAAAAGAUCCAUUGAGGUGAAUAAUGUGAGAGCUACAAAUGCACUAGAUUUGGCUUCUUUUGAUAAUGACAUGGAAUUUAAUAUAACUGCUGUUUCUAGCAUGAGCUGUUCAAAUGUACGUGGUCUCGGUACUUUAGUCACUGGGAACCCUGGCUUUAUGGACCAUAGGGUUGUCAAACUUUCGGAACUUGUGACCUAUAUCUGCCAAAACACAAGUACAGGACCAACUCUAACUUUUAAGUGCACCAACUGUCGUAUCAGUAAAGAGUAUAUGUAUAUUUCAUGGCAGUUUAUUGAUCUCCCGAAUGCUCCUGCUAGUGCUGUUGGUUAUCACUUCAACCUUACCACAAGAAAUCAUGUUGAUAAAAGGCACUUUAGUUUUGUUAGUGGGACUCUCAAGAAUGGUAGCGCUUCUGAUGAUAGACCAGUAACAUUCAGAGGGAAAGAUUCAAACGUAUUGAAGUUUAAUCUAUUUCCUCGCGUAUACCAUAAUCUCCAUCAUUUAAGGCUUAUCCAACCUCUAUUCCAUGAGUUUACUCCGGGAUCAUUUUUUCGUGAUACAGCUCAGCUCCAAGCCUCCCUCGCAACUUCUGCUGAUGGACUAAUCAACACCACAUUGUAUGUCCACUACCUUUCUUCUUAUGUUGUUGAGAUCGAAAAUCAAAACAUAAUGGGUCCUGUGAGCUUCCUUGCAGAUCUUGGUGGCAUAUAUUGUGUUAGCAUUUGCAUUUUUUUCUACCUUCUGGUGCAAUGCGAGUACAGAAUAAAAAGACUGCGGAAUGAAGAUACCACAAUGCUAAGCAUAAGAAAUCAUCGAAAAGCGCAAACUAACUGGGAUAAAUUGCGGAGAUAUGUGAGAUAUAGAUGGGGUAUUAGCACAAUGGAUGAUGACCUCAAUAAGAGCAAACAUGACUCAAGUUGUAAUUGUAUCACGGGGCCUUCUAUUCGCACCAAUGGAUCCGCACGUCGCAGUGGAUCCUCAUGGAGUGGGAAAUUCAGAACUAGAACAGACAGCAUCGUUCUAAACAAAAAAGCUAGCAAACCUAGUGAAAAGAAUGUUGUACAAGGACAAACUGAUACCCAGGGAGUCGAACUUACUGUAGCCAGAUACACGUUGAACACGGAAGGGGUAAAUGUUGAUUCUGCAGGAGAAUUUUCUGUCAAAGGUGGAGCUCUUGGCUCUGCAAAAGAUGGAAUCCGGCAGCAUUCAGCUAACUUGCAUGACGGAGCAUCCCACUCUCAAGCCCAUUCACGUACUGAUGAUAACAUCAUUCCUUUGCCACCACCUCUAGACUUUAAAGCCGACUCUGAAGCAGAUAUUUCUGAUAUCCAGAAGAAUCUCCAGCACAUGUACAAUUACAAUGUCAUUCUGAGGGAAAACCUUCUUGCUACACAAUCAUUGCUAAAUUCAAUAGCAACAAAAUCCUCAACUUCCUUGUCGGAGAAUCAAACGUAGAAUGGUCAAUUUGAUAAGCAAGUGACAUAAGUUCCAGAAUCGAUUUUUCGUCCUAUAACAAGGUGAUGUACUAUUGGCAAAAACAAGAUCAGCUUACGGAGGGAUGGUGAAAGAUAUUCGACCAAAGUACAUCCAGAUUGAUAGCACCUACCACAUGAAACUGUACAUUCAGUGCCAAAUGCUUAUGCUUAAUGAAAGUGAGAUCAAUUUUAUUCUUUGAUUAACCUGAUAGAGUUCACAAAACUUAUGAUAGAGUACAGAGAUUCUUCAUAUCCAUCAAUUUUUGGCUUCACACGCAUCAAUGCAAGUGCAGCAUCUUUAUUUCCUUCA